GCAUUUUUGUCUAGUAAAACUUGUUGGUCUGUUUUUAAGGUUUUAAAACAAGUCAACAACACAGGCUUUUCUCUAGAUUCUUAGCACAUCACCUCACAUCUUCGACGACCCAUUUGCUGUCUUGUUAAGAAUUUCAUUUGGGUGUGUGUUUGAUUCAGGAUUCUGCUUUGCGCUUUGGAUCAUUUGAUUGAUUUUUCCUCUGUAUCAUCGAAUAUAUGAUCUCUAUUUGUGCUGUGUACCAGCACCAGACACACAGUGGAAACAAAUGCUGCAUUGUCUGCGGCGGUUGUCAUUAACAGCAAAAACUAACCACUCCCCUCCAGCUUUGGAAGGUGGUUUAGCUGAUGAUAAAACAUCAAGUUCCCGAGCUUCACCUACUGUCGACCUCUCACAAGCAUAUGCACUUGUUGUUCAAGCUUCUUGCAACAAAGAGAUCUGGUCCAAGGUGCAUCAUGUGGUCCCUCCGGACCUGAACGUCGAGGUAGCACAAAUUGAAUUCCAGAAGGAACUGCUGCAACUAGAGGACGUCCUUAAACCCAACCAUGAGUCUGUCCAAGAGACACUUUUGCAUAUAAGACCAGAUGCCCUAAACCAACUUAUUACUAACUACCUUGACAGUACUGAGCAAACUGCUCGUCUCUGUAUCCUUAUCUCUCAAAGUGUGAACAAAGCUCGACUCUUGUAUGCCCCAAUUCAUAAACUUCUUGAUGUCCUUGCCCUGGACUUGGAGUCUGUUGGACAUUCCCUUUCGCAAGCUCAAUAUGAUUUGGCAUUUGACAUCUUCCUCCAGUUCGACAGCCUUGCUAAUCACUUUCCUGGCCGUGACACCUAUAACUUCAAUGAUAUGUUUGAUAGCUCCUUCCAGCUAAAGAAGCAGCUUGAACUUCGUCUAUACAAGUCACAUUCAAUGGUCCAACUUCUCCGACGUACCAUCAGGGGCUCAGCUGUAUGUUUACUUGCAGCUACUGUUGGAGUGGUCAUAUCAGCUGUUAUUAUAGCUACUCAUGGUUUUGCUGCGCUUGUUGCCAUCCCAAUCUGCCCCGCUUGCCUCCCUUUAAGUAUGGAAAAGAAAGAACUAGAUCUCAUGCAGCUGGAUGAAGCAACAAGAGGGAUUUUUUUCCUCCACAAUCACUUAAAUACUGUAAAGAGUCUGGUGGGCCGGUUACAUGACGCGGUGGAGUCCUACAAUGGUACUAUUCUCUUUGGGCUAGAGAGUGGAAGAGAUCGGUAUCACAUCCAGGAGGCACUGAAGCAACUUCAGAGGAGACAUAGCACUUUCCUUGACGAGCUUCUGGGUCUUGAGCAACAUCUGUGUGUAUGUUUUGCUGCAAUAAGUACGGCUAGAGACCGUCUUCUUAAUUAUCUGUCAUCAAAAUCAAGCUCCUCGAUAAUUUGUUCUUAAUACUAUCGUAUACUGCUUGCACCUUUCAGCUCAGUAGAGAAACAAUGACUUUUUCCAAAGUCAUCAACUAGCGCGCUUCAGAAAGAAGAAGCUUUUCUUUGGAAACCAUAUGUCCUGAUCAGUGAUCACCCCUAAUGCUAGUAGCUUUUAUAUAUAUUUGUUUAAUCAUCUGGUUUUCGGAACCCACUGGCCGACCAGUACAGAUUUGUGUUGCAAAUGGCCUAUUUAGAGGUGAAGCUCUCCCAACCAGGAAGUUUUCCAUUCCCGGGCUCAAACCUGAGACCACUUACAAAAUCCCUUUAGUGAAAACAAAAACUUGAUGCGAGUGAUUACUCUACCACUGCAACAAAUUAAAUUAUUGUAAUGUAUCAGUAGCACUCAUUCAGUCAUCGUUAACCUUCGAAAAUCAUUUAUUUAAUUUUAGCAUA